AUCCUCUCCAAGCAGACAUUCCGUACCUUUAGCUAUGCCUACCAAUCCACGUACAAGCCAUUGAUCUAUCAGCCAAUCGUAGACAGUUCUCACCACCCCCUUCACAUCAUCCGCAAACGCAUCCAAGGCGAACGCUCACGCUCAGGCUUGUGGUGGCAUGUCACUGUCGGCAACAAUUCUUCCAAGACGAAGGUUGUAAGGUCAUGGUUGAGGAGGCGGCUGAUAGUUGCCUUCAUCGAGGAGCUGAAGAGUAGGGGCUUUGAUCGGGAUGGAAAAUUUGUGGAUACCAAGGACAAUGCGCCACACCGGGAGGUUUUCAGGGAGUUGCUGGAAAGAGGGCAGAUACCUGAGUUGAAGGGCAGCUUGAAGCUUCAUGCUCAAGCCCCGCUGGUCACAGCAAAAUUCGAGGAUGUUAAAAGAGAGGCAGCAAAGUUAGUAGAGGCCCUUUGUCUGGGACUGGAGACAGAA